AUGUCUUCCGAUGAAGACGAAGGAGGAGAAGAGUAUCUCUUCAAGAUAGUGAUAAUCGGAGAUUCUGCAGUCGGGAAAUCGAACCUUCUAUCUCGUUACGCUAGGAACGAGUUCAACGCGCAUUCGAAAGCCACAAUCGGAGUCGAGUUUCAGACUCAGAGCAUGGAAAUCGAAGGCAAAGAUGUCAAAGCUCAGAUUUGGGAUACUGCUGGACAGGAACGGUUCCGUGCCGUCACCUCCGCCUAUUACCGUGGCGCCGUCGGAUCGCUCGUCGUCUACGAUAUCAGUCGUCGGACCACCUUCGAGAGUGUCGGUCGUUGGCUCGAUGAGCUCAAGACACAUUCGGAUACAACAGUGGCGAGGAUGCUGGUUGGUAACAAAUGCGACCUAGAAAGCAUAAGAGCGGUGAGCGUGGAAGAAGGUAAAGCACUAGCGGAAACCGAAGGACUAUUCUUCAUGGAAACAUCGGCUCUCGAUUCAACAAACGUUAAAACAGCUUUUGAAAUGGUAAUCCGCGAUAUCUACACCAAUAUUAGCCGGAAACAACUCAAUUCUGACACUUAUAAAGCCGAACUAAGCGCAAACAACCGAGUAAGUCUAGUUAAGGACGAUAAUAAGGGAACCAAACAAGGAUUUGGUUUCUCUUGCUGUUCUUCCUCGUGA